ACCACAAAAUAAGUGAAAAUGUCGGCGAGGAAAAAUAAAACUCCAUCAUGUAACGAAACGGUUGGAAAUAAAUUUGAGCCUCUACAUGUGGAGAUAAAAUCCCCAGCAUCAGCGGUGCUGCUGUUGAACUCUCCAGACGAGGACACACUGGUGAAAGCAUGUGAAGUAAUCCGCACUUUCGCAGAAAAAGGAGAUGAGAAUAAGGUUUCUCUGCUGGGACAUGGAGCCUUGGAGCCUCUCUGCAGGCUUAUUAACCACAACAACAGACUGGUCAGAGGCAAUGCUUUCACUGCCCUGGGCAUCAUGGCCACAAACAGUGUCAUAAGAAGUGCUUUGAAAAAACUAAAUGUCGUCCCAUCGAUCAUAGAAAAACUCUCAGUUGAAGAGARUACAGUGAUCCAUGAGUUUGCAACACUGUGCCUUGCGUCUCUGUCGGUGGAUAUCAUCAGCAGUGUUCAGAUCUUUGAGAACAACGGCCUCCCACUUCUGAUUGCACUCCUGUCCAGCUCAGACCCCGACGUGAAGAAGAACUCACUUGAGAUCAUCUUCAACCUGGUUCAGAAGCACUACAAAUCUUGCCAGGCUGUACAUGAAUUUGGUGGAAUUCCUCCGCUGUUGGAUCUGCUGAAAUCCAAGUUUCCCGUCAUUCAGCACCUGGCUUUAAAGACUCUGCAGUGCGUCACUUCGGAUGAAGACACAUGCAGCACCUUCAGGAACAAGAGUGGAUUUCAACAGCUCAUGGAUAUCCUCCAGAAGCAGGAAUUUAGUGACUUGCAUGUUGAAGCUUUACAGGUAGUGGCCAACUGUUUGAGGGAGCAUGAGGCUGUUCAGCAGAUCCACGAGGGUGGAGGACUGGAGAGGCUGAUGGACUUUCUCCUCACCCCCAGCAAUCCUGAAAUCCAGUCCACUGCCAUUAAAUGUCUGUCCAGGGUGGCACAAAACUCUGAAAGCCACAGAGUUCUCUAUGAGCAGGAAGUGGAAAAGGUUCUAGCGGAGCUUUUAUCUGUGACGGACACCAGCGUGAAAACAUCUGCCUGUCAGGCUGUGGCUGCGGUCAGCUUCCACCCACCCAGCCAGGACCGCUUUAGAGACCUGGGUUGUAUCAAUACAGUGGUACAGCUUCUGAGCAGUGAGAGCCUUGAAUUAAUCGAGGCAGCAACCCGGGCUCUUUUUACCCUCACACGAAACAACCAGACGAGUUCCCUAGAGGUGUAUAAGGCAGAGGGCCAUAAGAUCCUGGUCCAGCAGCUGGAUGGAAGCUGUCCYGGGGCAGUGGCCAGUUCUGCUGCCACACUUUGCAACAUGGCCGAGGAGGAAGUGAUCAGGUCGAGCAUCUCGUCCCUCGGAGGCAUGGUGGCUCUGGUGGAGCCCCUGAAGUCUAAAGAUCCUCAGGUCCUGAUCAGCGCCACGCAGUGUGUAGCACUUCUGGCCUGUGAUGCAGAAGUCCGGCCUAAGUUUCGAAGAGCUGGAGGCCUACAGCUGCUGGUGAAUCUGCUGCGUUCCAAUGACAGGGAGGUGCUGCACAAUGCAUGCUUUGCUGUGAAUGUUUGUGCCAGAGAUAAACCCUCUGCAGUGGAAAUGUGCAAAUUUGGAGCCCUGAACUUACUUCAAGAAAUCAGACAGUCAGCAAAUCGUAAAAACCCUAUUAGUGAUGUGGCCAUAGUCAGCCUGCUGAACGCCAACUUACCAGCUAAAUUCAGCCUGACAGGACAGCUGUCCUCUACUGACAUUAUUACUGGUGGAUUUUAUGAUGCGGGGAAGGUUUGUUCAGGCCAGAGGAUUCGGACUUUACAGGAACUGUUCAAAGAACCACUCAACCAGCACCGACCCAUUAUUGUUGUCGGUACUGCGACARGUCUGCACAGGAAGGAGAAACAGGAGGCUGAAGAUGAUGGUGAUGAAGCUUACUUUGAGUCUUCAGAGGAACCAGACACGAUGGUUGAUGACAGCUCAUUGAAGACGCUGGUUGAAAAGUCGAAACGAUCCGUCUUCCCUUUGAGGGGUGAAAAAGAACAGUACGCUGCCUUGGGCAGGCUUGUGAGUGAAGCCAUGGGCGGAGCUGUGGCGGUGGGGAAGAUGUACGAGUUCUCGUGGGUUCCACACAUCAGUGAGCUCAAGUUUCAGCUCAAAUCCAACAUUAUUCCCAUCGGUUUGAUCAACAAGGGGAUCUACUGCCACAGAGCGCUGCUGUUCAAGUAUCUUGCCGACUGCCUUGAAAUGAGCUGCACUCUGGUCAGGGGUGACUACAACCGGGCCUGGAAUGAAGUAGAMCUUUUCCCUGAGAAUCCCAACGAUCAUAACAGUUCUCAGCCCCGCAGCUACAUAGUAGAUCUGAUGCAUGAACCUGGAACCUUACUGGAAGUUGGUACCCCAGCUGCUCUGCAGUAUCAGACCAUCUGAGCAGUUUUAGUGAGGAACGCUUCAUUCUCUGUGGAAAAGCUUUAAAUGAAACAUUUUCAGUCACAUCAGUUGACUCUUUUCGUGCACACACAGCACUUUUAGAAAAACUGCAAUGAUUAUACAAUAAUAAACAGCUCUUAGGAAUAGUAGUUUAUGAAUACAUUAAAUUUAAACGGUUUUUAACAUUUUUAUAGACUAAUAAAACAUGGUGUAUAAAACCUUUACUGAACAAGGAUUUUUAAUGACCCAACUUACACAUCUAAAUAAAAUAUGUGCACAAUAA